AUGGUUGAUUCUGUCGCAACAAUAGCUCUUGAAACACUUCGGGACCUGUUGAUUGAGGAAGCAAAGUUUCUAUUAAGUGUGGGCGGUGAGGUUGAGGAAGUCCGUAGGCAGCUCAACAUCAUGCACUGUUUCUUGAAGGAUGCUGAUAGAAGGCAAGAUCGGUAUAAUUCACAGAUAGUCCAGAAUUGGGUCGCUGAACUUCGCGAUUUGUCCAUUCAAGCUGAGAUUGUACUAGAAAGAUAUGCUAUUGAAGUGGUGUCCAGAAGAGAAGGAAAAGGCCUGAAAAAGGUUCUCAAAAGACUCACUUGUAUAUUGAGCGAGUGGUUGAGAAUGCACCAAAUCGGAGAAGACGUUAAAGAUAUCAAGUCUCGAAUGAAGGAGGAUAUUAAACAGUUAGAAUCAGUUCUGACAACUGAUGACAAAUCAAAUGGAGUGAUUUCCAUAUGUGGCAUGGGAGGCUUGGGAAAGACCACUCUUGCUAGUAAAAUUUACAAUGGGGAGGCCGUGCAGCGGUGCUUCAAAUGUCGUGGUUGGGUUUGUGUAAGUCAGCAAUUUGAACCCAAAACUAUUUUCCAACGACUAUUAAAGCAACUUCUUCCGAAUGGAAGUGAGGAGCAAGACGAAGAUACAUUGGUCAGAAAGUUGUACCAAAAUUUCUUAAGGCAUGCUUUUCCCGUUGGAGAGGCAGAUAGCAAAGUUUUGCUCACAACCAGAAAUCAUAACAUUGUUUCCAUAGGAUAUGUCUACAAUCUGAAGUGUCUGAGUGAAGAUGAAGGAUGGGAGCUCCUUCAAAAGAUAGCACUCCCAAACAACUAUUCACAAGAGCUACCUACAACUGAAAUAAAGUUAUUGGAAGAAUAUGGAAGGGAAAUCGUAAAAAAAUGUGGUUAUUUACCAUUACCCAUUUCAGUUAUUGGAGGAACUCUUCGUCAUGAAAAGGCAUCAAUAGAAUGGAAAAAUGUGUGCAGAAAUCUUGAUUCGUACCUUCAACAUGGGAGGGGUUUGGAGAAUGACAAAGGAGUAAAUCAAAUACUAGAUUUGAGUUACAAUGUGCUCCCUUACAAUCCGAAACCAUGUUUUUUGUAUUUGGCAUGUUUUAAAGAGGAUAAAAAAAUAGAUACAGAAAAACUAUAUUUACUAUGGAUAGCUGAAGGAAUGAUUUCUUCAGAAGAUAAGGGAAGGGGAGAAAGUUUGAGAGAUGUGGCAGAACGGUAUUUAUUCGAGCUAGCAAAUAGGUUUAUGGUUCAAGUGGAAAUAGACGAGUUGCCGCUAUAUAACAGGUUUAAGUCAUGCCGGCUUCAUGAUAUGAUUAGAGAUUUGUGUUUGUCAAAAGGAAAAACGAAAUUGGAUAAUGAUCUUAGUUACAGGAUUGGGGAAAAUAAGAACAUAAGAUCUCUUCUAUUCCUCCAAACGGACUGGAGAAAUAUAGUUUGGUACAAUGACAUUACAUUUGGGAUUUUCAAAUCUCUCAAAGUCUUAGUAUUGGAAGGUUAUACAUUUGAGAAUCUGAAAUUGCCCAAAGGAAUCGAAAACUUGAAGCUGUUGAAGCUAUUGAGUCUCGAAAAUAGUGUUGUGAAAGAAUUCCCACCAUCUAUAUGCAAGAUACCUUGUUUGCAGACAUUGAAUUUGGACAUUGAAGAACUUAGAUUACCUAAUUACAUAUACAAAAUGAGGCACUUGAAGCAUCUAUUUUUGGGAUUUCUUCAUGAGAGCGUUGGAGGUGAAAAAUUGAAAUUUGAAGGGUAG